AUGGAAUGGGUCACACAACACCAAGUUGUUCGGCUGAAACCCUUGUUGUGGCUCUAUGGCGCAGCUGGAGCCGGCAAGUCCGCGAUUUGUCGAACAAUCGCAGAGAGGUGCUACGGGGAAGGAUUACUGGUUGCCACCUUCUUCUCGAGGACAUCAUUAGAACACAACAGCGUUGAAGGAUUACUGGCGACUCUGGCGUACCAACUGGCCCUAUCUAUACCCUCGACACGAGAUCAUGUGCAGAAGGCUGUUGAGAACGAUCCAUCCAUCUUCGAGCGCGAUCUUGACGAACAGUUUGAGAAAUUGAUUGCACAACCUGUGCUUCUUUCUCUCUCGCCUCAAGGCGCAAUGCAACACUAUAUCUUCACGACGAUUAUUUCCACGCUGUCGCGGCACAAUCUUCCUCUCAUCUUCCUCAUUUCCAGCCGGUCCGAAUUCCAGAUUCUUACGGCCUUCAAUUCACCUGAAAUCGAUGCCCAACCGGUUCGGAUUCCAUUGGACAACCUUGCCUAUCAAUCUGAGGCAGAUAUAAGACUUUUUCUUUUGGACAAGUUCGCUGCCAUUCGUAACACUCACCCUCUAUCUGCUUUCAUUCCAUCUACGUGGCCAUCUGCUCAAGUUAUAGACCAAUUAGUGCUCAAGUCAUCUGGCCAAUUCAUCUAUGUGUCGACUGUCAUGAAGUAUGUCGAGUCGCCACAGCACAGGCCGCUCGAGCGAUUGCAGGUCGUGCUUGGGGCAUCGAAAUUCAUCUUCGACUCGGCGGCCCCAUUUGCAGAACUCGACAGCCUCUACCUUCAUAUUCUCAGCUCUGUGCAGAAUGCUGCCCUCACAAAGCGCAUAUUGGGUGUGCUUACGAUUGGGGAGUUCCCAUCCAUGGAAGACGGAGUGGGCCUUCUCGUAGGAAGCAACCAGGACAAGCUUCGAAGCCUGCAACUUCUAUGUGACCUGCUAUUCAUCGGCCAGGAAGAUCUGUAUCUCGUGUUGAAUGAGCUCCGGUCUUUGAUCUCAGUGCAGCACGAAGCUGAGUUUUCCCAGAUAUCUGUCCUCCAUGCAUCUCUGUGCGACUUCCUCUCUGACCCUUUUCAAUCCGGCAACUUGCACAUCAAGGCAAGCGAGGUCCAUACUGAACUUGCGCUUGCAUGCAUACAUAUUUUCACUAAUGUCGGGAAUGGGGUCGGCCAGUGCCAUUCGCUCGCCACGUCCAAUUACGCGAGAAGGAACAUUUUUUUGCACUGUCGUUUUGGUGAUCCUACUGAUCAUCUUUUGUUUCACCUACGACAAUUCGACCUCCCUACAUGGCUCAGUCAAGUUUCGAGUGAUGAGAUAUCUGGAAUCUACACCACCCUCUUGGACUAUCUCUCCUGGUUGAAAUCUUUGAGAUUUGAAGGACUCUCAGAAACUUUAUAUACUCAGCAUCUACGAGCAGUGGACCAAUCCUUGAAUACGAUUGCGGACAAGGUACCCCCUGGAGGAGAAUUAUUUGAGUUACUUGCAUGCUGGGUUGUGGGUCUCGAUAUGAACCAACCCUCCAUCCUGCCAUUCUCUUCUCUCUGGAAAUCUCUAGUCGACUUCAAGGCAGGUUAUGAUGUCUCCCAAUUCGGUGCUGUCGACGUCGCUUUCUGGCAUGUAACGGGGUUUGGCAACAUUGCACGCGAUUGGUUUGGUUGCCCGGAUCGUGCUGGUAAACGUUGGGGCAGUACCGAGGUAUAUGCGCGAGCAUCGCUCCAGGUGAUUCGCUCUUUGUACCACACUCGCCAAAAUACGGAGAAUUUCAGCCUGGAUGCCUCCAUGGAGGUUUGGUUUCUGUUCAAGAUCCUUCCCGGCCUGUUAGAAAAAGUGUCUUGUUCGCAAGAGUUAGUGGCCAAUCUUCAGGAACAACGGUCUUUUUCGCGGUGGAUUGAACAGCGGUUUUCGAACACUCCGCACUACAUUGCCACGAUUCGAGCACUAGGUUCUUACUGUCGGCAGCAGGAAGUUGAGAUGAUUGAGGCUGAAUGA